AGCGUGGAAAUGGUCUGUGUGCCAUUGCAUACUGCACUGAAUGAAGACUUGCGUUUCCUGAUGAGCAAAGCUGUUUAAGCAGCCACCUUUAGAAUUGUAUUUCAAUUUUUUAAAGGCGGAUUACGUUAGUCAUUGCAUUUUGAAACCUGUACUUGCUCUAUUUUCCUUUUUUUUCCAAAAAAAUAUAUUAAGGAUAUAAGCGGACUCUCACUGCAGGUUUUGACAUUCUUCCCACUUGCCUUUACUGCUAUUUAAAUAAUGUAUGUUGUAUUGUUAAUUAAUGGCAAUAUCAAAUUAAAUCCCUUGAAACUGACAUAUUUAUUAUGCAGGGACGUCCAAUCUAUUUUUAACUCUUACGCAGUCAGUGUGCAUCUUGUGCAUUGGGGCUUUGGUUGCUGAGAGGGUUUUUUUUCCCUAGGAAGGGUAGCAGUAGACUAAUUUCCAGCAAAUGUGACAGGCUGGCCUUUGCGGUGGUCAUCUUGGAGCCUUGAACCUACACAGAAGGAAAAAGAAAACACUUGAGCUGCAGCUUAGGAAAACCCACCUUGGACGAGGACAGGUCCUGCUCGCCCCCUCCUUUGCCACAUUUUCUCUUUCCCAUUGAUAAGUUCAGCUAUCUUGAUCACAGUCCGUUCAAGCAAGCUGAUUUUCAAGAUUGCAUCUGAGGGGUUUGGUUAUUUUUGGGGACGACCAAGAUUUCAGUGUCUUUCCAUCGUUUUAAAUACAAAUGGCUGGCUGGAAUAUCAUGCUAAGACUUCAUUAAGGCAUAUAUACAGAUGACCAUCAUGUCUCACCUAAAAGAUCUCAAAGAUGACUUCCACAGUGACACAGUCCUCUCCAUUUUAAACGAACAACGCAUUCGAGGUGUUUUAUGUGAUGUCACGAUCAUUGUGGAAGACACCAAAUUUAAAGCCCACAGCAAUGUUCUAGCUGCUUCAAGCCUUUAUUUCAAAAAUAUUUUUUGGAGCCGUGCAAUUUGCAUUUCUGGACAUGUACUGGAACUGGACGAUCUUAAAGCUGACGUGUUCACAGAAAUACUUAAUUACAUCUACAGUUCCACAGUAAUUGUUAAAAGACAGGAGACUGUUUUAGACCUUGCAGCUGCAGGGAAGAAGUUGGGAAUAUCAUUUCUAGAAGACCUUACAGACAAGAGCGUUUCAAAUUCUCCUUGCCUUUAUUCGUUUUGCAAUACUGAAAAAGGUGAAGUCAAAGAAGAGAAAAGACAAGAAGACUCCGCAAUCACAAAUGGACCAAGGAUCACCAAUGCCUACUCCAUUCAUGAAAAUGAAAACUGUAAUAAUUUGUUUUCUCCCCUUGACCUCAGAGCAAGCUUUAAAAAAAUGCCUGAAAAAAAUAAAGUAUCUAAUAUUAGUCAAGAGAGGCGUGAUGCUGGCAAAGUUGUUGAGCGAGUGAGUACAUUAGCUGAGCACUCCUAUGCUGUUACUAUGGGUUGUGAGGUUUUUCAGCAAAAUUCCUUUUACCGUGAAAGUAGCCCACUUGAUAGAAUGGAUGAGGAUGGUUCUGAAAGUGGCCAGUCGAUGCCUGUUACUGAUUCAGUUCCUCAAACAUUUAAUACAUCAAAGGCAGUUUUAAACUCCCAAAUCACCGACAUACCUUCAAUACAGCUACUGACCGUCAAUGGAACCAAUGCAGUGGGUCAUCAACAAGUAGUAAAUCAUCACACCAUUUCUUUUCAAAAAUCCCAUCCAAAUAGUGACACUGUUCUGCCUUCCAAGGAUGAUGAAAAUAAUUCAGAUCAUAUUUCUGGAUCAAUAGUUGCUCUCAUUCCACAUGUUUAUAAUUGUGCGAAAUCAUUCAGUGAUGGAACUCAAUUCAGCGCCCAUCUCCAGCUUCACUCACAAGCUCAAGAAACAUUUGUUUGCAAAUACUGUAGCAAACAGUUUGAAAGUGUAACUGAACUAGAAACCCAUGAGCAAGGAUGUGGAGGAUUGGACAAUUGUGAAAAUGAGCAGAAUUGCUUAGAUAAUUUUGUUAUUUCAAAUGGACAAACAGUCACUUCAUAUAUAAAUCCAGAAUCCACAAUAACUGAAAAUGAGCUGGCGGAUUAUUCUGUCGCAAACUGCACAAUGCCAGAAACAGACCACUUUGUUAAAGUUGUUGAUGGACAAGUGCUUUACACUUGCAGUGUUUGCAAACGUGCCUAUGUUACCUUAUCUAGUCUCCGAAGACAUUCAAAUGUCCAUUCAUGGAGAAGAACGUACCCUUGCCAUUACUGCAAUAAAGUGUUUGCAUUGGCUGAAUACCGUACAAGACAUGAAAUAUGGCACACGGGAGAACGACGGUAUCAGUGCAUUUUCUGUCUUGAGACAUUUAUGACAUACUACAUUCUCAAAAACCACCAGAAGUCUUUCCAUGCAAUUGAUCACCGUCUCGGAGUAAAUAAGAAAACUGCAAAUGGUGGCUUGAAACCAGGUGCGUAUCCUUACAAACUUUAUAGGCUUUUGCCUAUGAAAUGCAAAAGGCCACCAUAUAAGAGCUAUGGCAGCACAUCAUAUGAAAGCAUACAAACAAGCAUACAAGUUACUGAAGACACUUCUAGUACCUGCAUUAUUCAGAACGCUGUCACUUCUGAAGUGCCAUCCCUGAAUGUCCCACAUAGUAUAUUGCCAAAUCCAAUGGUACCCUUGGAUACAUCUUCAUGUAGUGAUGCAACAGCAGCUCCUGUGAAUACUCCAAUUAUUAUUUCUCCUUGGGAAGCUAGUGUAUCAGAAGCAGAACUCAAAACAGAUACUUGUACUAUUGAAAUACCAUUGUCCUCUACUCAUCUUAAUUCUGGUCCUCAAGAUUAUGAUCCCUCUCUUCAAAUUGUUAGUAACAGCAAUGCCAGUGAAAAUCCAGCCUCUGUUAUUAACUAUAAUAAUUCACCACCUACAGUCAUAAUGCAUAGUGGUAGAAUUUCUUCUGUAAUCAUGCACAGUAAUGCUGUGAAUACAGUAAGUAGUACAGAAACUACAGACGUUACAACCAGCCAAGCAGCAAAUGAUGACCAAACACAUGGUUCAGAGGAUAAUAAAAGCAAUAUUAGAACAAGAAGCAGUAAGGAGAAGAAAGGGGCAUCAUUAUACAAUGAAGAGGAGACAUCAGACAAUUCACAGUGUAUGGCAAAUGCAACAAUGUCUUCUAACAUAUCAACAGAUCCUUUUGAAUCUUCACAUAAGACUGAGACCUACAUUGCAAAACCUGCAUUACCGGGAACAUCUGCUGACAGCAGUGUUGCCCCUCUUUGUCAAAUAACAGUUAAAAUAGGUAAUGAAGCCAUUGUGAAAAGGCACAUUCUGGGGUCCAAAUUGUUUUACAGAAAAGACCGGAGAUCUAAAUCUGAAUCCAAAGAAGAUCAUACAGCUCAAAUUGCAGAACGGGAGAAGAGAGAGAGAAGCACAUCUCGAGUUAGCAGGUCAGACUACAUUGAACUCAAUGAAAUGUGUGAUGAUGUCAGCGACCAUGACUCCAACGAUAAACCAUGGCGGCCAUAUUACAAUUACAAACCAAAAAAGAAAUCAAAACAGCUAAGGAAAAUUAGAAAGUCAAGAUGGAGAGAAAAACAUAGGAGCCGAAAUUCCUACCGAGAAAGUGAAAAGACACAUGUCACAAGCUAUGCGCUUAGGAACAUUCCUGAAGAAAAAAUCCCCCAGCAAGAAGAAGAGAAGAAUAUGCCAACUCUUCCCUGUGAGCUCUGUGAAAAAGAUAGCACUUCUGAUGAAAAGGCCCCGGAUAAUUUACACUGGGACACAACUACAUUUGACUCCUAUACUUGCGAAUUAUGCCAAAAAAGGUUUCAGAGCCCAUCUGCUCUAAGAAUGCAUAUGCGAUGCCAUACAGGAGAAAAACCCUACACUUGCAAAACAUGUGGGAAGAGCUUUUCUGUAUCAGGAAACCUACAUAAGCAUGAACGCACCCAUUCGGGUGUAAAGGAUUUCAUCUGCCAGUACUGUAACAAGGCAUUCAGCCUAAAUGAGACACUUAAAAUACACGAGAGAAUCCAUACUGGAGAAAAGCGCUACCAGUGUCAGUUUUGCUUCCAGGGUUUCUUAUACCUUUCUACCAAAAGAAAUCAUGAGCAAAGACAUAAGCGAGAGAACAAUGGGAAAGGAUAUGCAUGUUUUCAGUGUCCCAAAGUUUGCAAGACGGCAGCAGCUCUUGGAAUGCAUCAGAAGAAGCAUUUGUUCAAGACCCCCAAGCAAGAAGAUGGAGAUGAUUAUCUGUUUCAUGAAAGUACUAAGCCAUUUGUAAGUCAACCUUUCAUUGACUCAGAUAGACUAGAAACAGCUAAACCUUUACUAAAUGUAGGUGCAGAUGGGCAUGAAACAAGCAGUACUUAGAAGAUUCCCAUUUGUUGUUGGACUUUGAGGAGAACAUAGAACAAAGACAAUUAUAAGAACAUGAGUAUAACAAAUUAAUGGUGGGACAUUCUAAAAAUGGAGAUACUGUUUUUCUAUAUAAAUAUAUUUCAUGUAUUACAUGAAAAAGUAUGCCAUAAGAGCAAAAAUGGAAAUUGUAUAGCACUUCCCAUAUAGUAUGAAGGAUAGACACCCAAAAAGGUAUUUUGCAUCCCACAGGAAAACUCUAUAGUUAAAUAGAGGCAAAGAAGAAUAUAUGUAAUUGAAAACUUUUAAAUUGAUAUUACAAAGUAAUUCAGUAUUGAACUAGAUCAUGUUCAGAUCAGAACUAUUCUGAAGAGAAUAAAGAGGAAAAUAUAUACACGGAGAGUAUGAAAAUGUUAAAAGUGUUUAUUCAAUAGGUUGUAGAAAUUGCACCCUGUAUUCAUAUCCAAAAACUAAUGUUGAUUAGUUUCAAAUUCCACACUGUAAUUUGAAAGGAUAGUUUAGCUAUAAUCUAAUGUAUGCACUGUACAGCAUCUGGUAAAGUUUAUACAGUUUAUUAUUUGUGGGGGAAAUGCAUCCAGAUAUUAUAAAGCCUGAAAAAGUUCCUACAGAAUAACUUUGUGAGGGUUCAUGAGAAUAAUAUAAUAAUAAUAAAUUUUUGUAUUUUUAA